ACCAGACUCGGAAUUUUACUUAAUCGCGGACCACCGAACCGAGCGGACGUACGUCGGUUCUCAUUCGAACUUCGAGCGCGCGUGUUUAUGAAAUUCAAAGCCGAGAUCGUUGGAUCCUGGUGGCAUAAAUGCGGGAUUGAGAAAGAUACUACCUUGCCUUACUUUCAGUUUCGUGCGAUAUUACACCAGCAGAAUAUUAGUUCGGGGCCUGAGUGAAAAUCGAAGUGAAGUGCCGAGAGGAUAAUGAGUGUAAGCGGAGACAUGACGAAAAACUAAAGGCGAUUAGGUUACAGAUGCCCCAAACACAACACACAGUGCGACAAACACACGCACACGUGAAGGGAUAACGGCAGGAUUCGAGCGGAGAAUUGGUGGGAGACGGGUCUGGGGAUGGGCAUGUAACUGGAUCUGGAUACAUGUUGGCUCCUAAGACAACAGCCCGCUCCUUUGGUCACCAAUACUAUCAGCACAUCCAAAGGCACAAGGCACAAGCAAAAGCAUAAGCAGGAAUAGAAACAGAAGCAACAAAAGAAGGACACCUCAUCGUAUUCACCACGUCGACAAAGGAAAUGUGCAGCUAAUGCUAAUGCCUUCAGCUAGCUCACCACAACGCCGGCAGCAACAACUAUUGCAGGUGCAGGUGCAAUCGCAGGUGCAACAGCAACAGCAACAGCUACAGCAGACGUGGCAGCAAUUGCACAAGAAGACCAGGACCUCAGCACUCACACCUUCCCCCUGGCAAUACAAAGAAACUGACAGCUCAACAUGGCAGUGAGUAAUAGAUCCGGAAGUGUGAUUACCGCUCUGGCCAUUAUAUGGAUGACACUGAGUGUAUCCGGUGAGCUGCCCCAGCUCGACUACGGCAGCAUGUCCGCCUCCCUGGAGGAGGAUGCGAUUGACCCGCUGACGGCGAUGGCUCCCUUCGCCAACUCCCUGGUGACCGAGGACUCCGCCCCCCAAAAGACUAAUGUGGAGCUGCUGAGCAACAGCAGCGAGGACGAAAAUUCGAGGGCACCACUGGGCUCCUCAUCUUCGGCGGCGGCCGGAGCCAGUGGAACGCUCCUGGAGGAGUUCUCCGGAGGGAAGCUGAACGGCGGAGAAGCAAGCAACACGCUGCCCAUAUUCCUCAGCGAACCGGAGAGCGUGUUCGUGGUCAAGAACCGGCCGGCCAUCCUCAAGUGCAAAGCCUCGCACUCCCUGCAGGUGAUCUUCAAGUGCAGCGGCAGCUCCCAACCACCGCCGUCCACGCACGACAAGCACGUGGAUCCGCACACAGGGGUUCACAUGGAGGAGGUCACUGCCACCAUACACCGGGACCUGGUGGACGAGUACUUCGGCGACGGGCCCUUCAAGUGCGAGUGCCACGCCUGGUCGUCCAGGGGCCUGGUCAAGAGUCAGGCCGCCACCGUGCACACAGCCUAUAUUCGCAAGUCCUUCAACCAGUCACCCACCUCGCUCCGCCUGGAGCUGGGCAGUCGGGCGGAACUGCGUUGCGAGCCGCCAGGCGGUUUCCCCGAACCGAAGCUCACCUGGCACAAGAACAACGCCGUCAUCACCUCGGACAGCGAGCCGGGCAUCAGCGUGUCCGGCGGAACGCUCACCUUCCGCCAGGUGGCCCUGCAGCACAUGGCCAACUACAGCUGCAGUGCGGAAAAUAUAGCCGGCAGACGCAUCUCCGACUCCGCCGUGCUCAUCGUUUAUGUUAACGGUGGCUGGAGCAGCUGGAGCCCGUGGCGCGAAUGCAAGUGUGCGGGCAAACUGAGCCAGGGCCGCAAGCGAUCCCGCACCUGCAACAAUCCGAUGCCAUUGAAUGGGGGCGCCCAGUGUCCGGGUCCUCAGAUUCAGAAGUCCGCCGACUGCGCCGCCUGCCCAGAGGACACUCAAAUCGUGAGCCCUGAUGGAUUUGACAUUUCGUCGAGUAAGCGCAUGGCUCGCUGGUCGGCCUGGAGUGAGUGGAGCAUCUGUUCCGCGGAAUGCAUUCAAGUGCGUCGCCGGAAGUGUCUGACUCAGAGUCAGACUCCUGCUGGUGAUGUCGAGGAAGCCGGGGAUCUGCUCCUGGGCUCCGGCGUGGGCAUGGCCGCCCUCAUCGCCGGGGGGCCGGGCGCCGUUGGCACAGGAAGCCUUAGCGAUUCCGCUGGCCCGAGCUCUGAGAAUAUCCCAGGAUAUGGCAAAUCAUUGUGCGCCGGAAAAGACACACAGACGGCCGAAUGCCGUGGCGAGCAGUGCCAGAUUGGCAAGGAUGAUUUCGAUUGGACCCUCUAUCUGGGCCUGGCCUUCAUAACCGCGGUGUGCUUUGCCUUUGGGGCCGCCCUCAUCUGCUGCGCCCGCCGUGGCAUCCGCUCCAAUCCCCACUACAACAUGGCCCGAUCAGUAAUGGACACGGAUUACAUGCCCGGCGUCGUGGAAAAGAAGGAGAUGCGGAUGCACAUCGAGGCCAGCAACAUGGGAUACGAUUACGUCAAUCCCGGCCAUCGUUAUUUGCCUGGCGAACACAUCGUCGGCAUGGGCAUGGGCAUCGGAUGCGGCGGAGUGACGGAGCACCACUACGACGUACCCAAUUUGUCCGCCAACUACACCAACCCCAUAGACCAUUUAAACGUUGAUUACUUGUCUGAAACCGGGGAUUCCUCCACCGCUGAUACCUCAAACUCCACGUUCGAUAUGAAUGGAAAGCUGUCCAUUCUCAAUGCCUCGAAGAGCAGUUGCUACGAGCUCCUGGGAAGUUCCGGAGGACAACUGCGCCUCUACGGUGGAGAGCUGCUGCUCUUUGUGCCGGAGCACGCCAUCGGCAAGCACCUGAAGAAGCAUGUGUCCCUGCUGCUCCUGAGCGACGAGUGCAGUCGGGUGGCCUGCGCCACAGAGAGUUCCAUCCUGUGCAGCAGCGUGGUGCACAGCGCCCCGCGCAACUAUAGCUUUGUGAAACCGGUGAUCCUGAAGAUACCCCACUGCCUGGUGUCGCCGGAGCAGUGGCAUGUCCACAUCUACCACGCCGACAGCGAGCACGACGAGCUGAGUGUGAACUGGAGAAGAGCCGUGUCCGUGGGCGAGGAGACCAUCAACACCCCGAUGUUCGUUCAACUAGAGGCGACGCAUGUCUACAUCAUGACGGAGCAGCUGGGCCACUUUGCCGUGGUGGCAGAGCCGAGGGUCCAGCAGCCAUCGAUCAAGAUGAAGCUGCUCGCAUUCAGCCAGCACACCCCGCCCAGCAGCGUCAACUGCAGUUUGCGCAUCUACGUGGUCAAGGACUUCCCCAACAGCCGGGACAUCUGCGCCAACGUGGAGGCCAAGCUGGGCGGGACUUUCCUGGGCGAAAGCCAAGUCUUUCCAUUCUCGCUGAACAGCCGGAAUCUCAACAUCCGUGUACGAAGCGUCGAUGUGGAAGCGGCCGCUCCUUACGAGCAUGCGAUUCCCUACCAGCACAUCCUCAGCAACAACUCCAUCCUGCACUGUGAGUUCAGUCUGCGGCGCCAGGAUCAGCACGCCUUGUGCGUGGACUUUGGCCAGGGCAGCGAGGACGACGGUGAUUACUAUACCUUCAACAUUCCUGCCCACUCGUUGAGCGGCUCGGCCGAGGAGCUGGCCUCCACGACGAACACCACCAUCUCGAUCGACCGCCAGGGCAACUACGUGAACGAGAGCUGUGUGAUGGACUUUGUGCAGCUGCCACAUGCCACGAAGCGUCUGAUCUGUGCGGCUCUCGACCCUCCCCGGGCGGAUGAGCGGGACUGGCGGCUGCUGGCCAGAAAGCUGAACACUGAUCGGUACAUCGCAUACUUUGCCACGAAGGCCUCACCCACGGAGCAGAUCCUGAACCUGUGGGAGUGCCGGACGAAUAGUAAUCCUGGUAAUAGUUCCAAUUCGGUUUCGCACACCAUAAUGAAUCUGCUGCUGACCCUCAAGGAGAUGGGACGUCAGGAUGUAAUGGACAUCAUAGUGGACACCAUUGGUCCGCUGUGGAUCUAAGGAU